AUGCAUCAGCCAAUUCCUUACUUAUCAUCACACAACAACAACAACUUUUAUGAAAACUAUUAUUAUAACAAGAACAAGAGGAAAGAGAAGGAGAAUAAUCCUUGUAUGCUGAAAAUGGUUUCAGAGAAUGCGGUGAUAGUGAUUGGAAGACACGGUUGCUGCAUGACUCAUGUGGUGAAACGUCUUCUACAGAGUCUAGGUGUUAACCCUGGGAUUCACGAGGUGGAGGAAGAGAAAGAUGAAGUUCGUGUUGCUAAAGAAUUGGAACCGAUGAUUCAAGGGAAAUAUAUUGUACAGUUUCCGAUGGUGUUUAUAGGUGGCAAGUUGUUUGGUGGAUUGGAACGUGUUAUGGCUACUCAUAUUUCUGGUGAAUUGGUUCCAUUGCUUAAACAAGCUGGAGCUUUGUGGCUAUGA